AUGACAAUACGAUUGACAAUUUUUGAUGAUGUUGCAUAUUUUGGUGCCAUACAUCAUGCCCAUCAGAUGCAGCUGAUAAUCAACACAGCACUUCUAUUUGAAAAUAAUUCACCAAAAUUAAUAAAUUAUGAGAAAAUUGGAUUCUGUGCUUUAGUUCCAAUACCUCCAAAGGUGUCAACAUUCAGGUUCCUCAUCAUCAUGCCAUUUGACUACCGCAUAUGGACACCCUUGGUGGUCUCAAUAGCUGGUUCCUUUAUUGUUUGGUGGCUCUAUCGUGGUCGUGGUGCUGUUGACUCACACUGGCUACUUCUAGCUGAGAUCUACAAAUUAUUCUUCGGCCAGGGCUUCACAUUGUCAAGAUACAACCACUUCAUGCUGUUGACACUGAUGCAGCUAAUAUGCUGGUUGAUGUUCGUUAUUGGCAAUGCUUACGAAAGUGAAAUCACAUCCUGCAUGAUUGAGCCAUUUAAUGAGAAUCGACUUGAAUCAGUCGCUGACUUGCUGGUUUCUGACUAUGAAAUCGUGACUGAUCAAGGCUUUACAUUCAUGUUAAAUAACAGCGAUGGAUUUGAGGCACUAAAGUCAAAGAUUAAAAUGACGGAUUUGCAGAUUAUUGCAAGAUUUUAUGCAGAAAUCAAACAAAAACGUCAUGUCCUGAUUGGCAUGUGUGACGUGCUUGAUGUUGACUUAAAGCGAAAGUUUAAAAAUGGACUAGUUUCGGACCACUUUUACAUGCUGCCUGAAGUCAUUUUGUGGGAUUUUGUGCGACUUGAAGCUGGUUACUUCAAUCCAUAUUUGGAAAGGUUCCAGUUCUACAUGGACUUGUCAUUUCAAGCGGGAUUGCCGCACAUGUGGAAGGUUUUUGGGGAAUUGGAUCGAUCAAGGAAGUCAGUGACUGAAGAGUCAAUUAUGGACAGUUUGGGGUAUGAGGAUCUCUAUCAAGUCUAUUUGGUGCUGAUCAUUUUGCAUGGCGUGUCAGUUUUGGUGUUUUUCUGUGAAAUAUUCUACCAUGAUUGCUUGAGGAAUAUUAGAGGACAUCAGAUGCUGGAUUGUGUACGUUGGGUAAGGAAGUUAUUCAAAAAAUCCAAGAAAUCAAGGCAAAUUAUUGCGGUUCAGCCUAGGAAUUAG